ACAUUAACGGCCUUACUUAUAAACGAUCACUAAAGUUAAGACACAGUUAAACUACGUAUUAAAAAAUAUUUUAACUCAUAAACGAUGAUUAACGCUAAUUAAUGUCUUAGCGACUGCUUAAAUAGCUGUCAACUUAAUCAGUGUCGAAGCCUUGUUUAAAGACCUUAAUUACCAAAAUGGCGUCCGAAAUUCGUAAAAGUCACAGCUGUGGUAUAUUUCAACAAUAACACCACAUGCAAACUUCGCAUUGAAUUGUGUUCUGUUUGCUGGGCUUUGUUCCGCUACUUAGGAAAGUGAAGUGGAUAAAUAUUAAAAAAAUGGAUAUAUUUGACGACGAUAAUGAAUUACGCACAUACCGUGACGAGAUAGAAGAAAUAAGAAAUUUCAGGAAUAUUGGUUCAAGAAGGAGAGUAAAAAUAUAUAAUUCAAGAUCGAACCCAAUGGAGGAAUUGAGUGAAAGCGACUUCAAGCAUCGCUACAGAUUCAGUAAAGGAAAUAUGGUAAAAAUUAUAAAUAUCUUAAGAAACGACUUGUCCAUGGAUAGCCGGGGCGGCAGUAUACCUGUGGAGUUGCAAGUAAUGGCAGCUAUAAGAUACUGGGGUCGCCAUGAGAUUCAAGAAGACUGUACGGAAAUUCAUGGCAUGAGCCAACAGACUUUAUCAAGAACUGCUAAAAGAGUUGCUAUUGCAUUGGCUUCGAAAAGUUCCAUUUAUAUUAAAAUGCCUUCAAAUUUAAGAGAAGAGACUGAAACUAUUCGGAAAUUUGAAACAAUUUGUGGGUUUCCACAUAUUACCGGUGCAAUAGAUUGCACCCAUAUUAAAAUAAGAAAAGUUGGAGGAGAUGUUGGUCAGUACUAUAUAAACCGUAAAGGACACUAUUCUAUUAAUACUCAAAUGGUGUGUAAUGCAGAUUUGAAGAUCUGUGAUAUAGUUUGCCACUGGAGGGGUAGUACUCAUGAUGCAAGAAUAUGGCGUGAGAGUUCCAUUAAAAGGAGAUUUGAAGAACGAGAAUUUAAAGGAAAACUUAUAGGCGAUGGUGGAUACCCUUGUACCCCAUACUUACUGACUCCAGUACUGAGACCCCGCAACCAAGCAGAACGGCGGUACAACUAUGGCCACAUUCGCACCAGGAACGUAAUUGAGAGAUGUUUUGGUGUACUUAAGGCAAGGUUUCGGAUACUUUUGGAAAUAAUGAGAGGGUCUUUCAAUACGAUUAAAACGACAAUUGUUGCAUGUGCAGUAUUGCACAAUUUAGCAAUUGAAUUUGAUGACACUUUAAGCUAUGAAACCCCUUACACAGACAGUGAUGAAGACACUGAGGCCAUUGAACAGGACUCUAAUAAUUUGACACACAUAACCAGAAACAUUUUUAUUGAGAAUUUCUUUUAAAAUACAAAUACAUAGUUUUAUUUAAACA